CUCUGCAUCGAUAAAUCUGGAGCGAUAUAUCAAGUCGAGGCUUUUGGACCGCGGGACAAAAUGACAAAUAUCUGAGAGUCACUCCACCGCGAUAAAAGCUCUCGCUUUUUACGUUUCUUCGUCGGAGCGCAGCAAUGGCCGCUUCCCUCGUCUCCCCCUCGCUCUACACUUCCGCUUCCAGGAUCUCGCCGGACUUCGGACGCCCACAAACGCCGAACCCCAUCAACCUCCGUCGUCCCAAGACGCCGCCGCUCCGGCCGCUGAAGAGUCCCGGGCUGAGGCCCCUCUGCGGCGCCUCCUACGCCGUCCCGAACGCCGACAACCCCAGGAUCUACCGCCGCCGCCGCCGCGUAGGAGAAGGCGCGGGCCCUCGCUCCACCACCAAGGACAGGACCGAAAGCCCACCUCGCAAACAGGGCCGCGAAGGUCCUUCGAAGGAUGCUCGUAAUUUGGCGGAGAAUCGGGCGGGUAGCGAGCCGAGGGAGCGGAGUUUGGGGUCGGUUGGAGGGGGUUUGGAGGGAGCUGAUCUGAUGGGUCUGUUGCAGGAGGGUAGGGUGGAAGAAGCUGUUGGGUAUAUGGAACGGGGAGUUGGUGCGGAUUAUGCUGUUUUCGGCGCGUUAUUGGAAUCGUGCGGGAGUUCGAGGUCUCUCGAUCUGGGCAAGAGAGUGCAUGAUUUGUUGAGGCGGUCUCGCUUUCCGGGCGCUGUGGAUUUGAGUGAGAAAGUGGUGAGGAUGUACGUGAAUUGUGGUAGUAUGAGAGAUGCACGCCGGGUGUUCGACAGAAUGCGUGAGAAGGAUAUGAGCUCGUGGCACUUGAUGAUCAAUGGGUAUGCCGCGAGCAGCCAAGGAAAUGAUGGGUUGCUUUUGUUCGAGCAAAUGAGGAAGGCGGGCCUGCUCCCCGAUGGCGAGACGUUCACGGCUGUUUUGGCCGCUUGUGCGAGCGCAGGAGCAGUAAAACAAGGGCUCGCGCACUUUGAUUCGAUGAGGAAGGAAUUCGGUAUUGUUCCAAGCGUCGAGCAUUAUUUAGGGGUUAUUGAUGUGUAUGGAAGUUCGGGUCAUUUGUGCGAAGCAUGGGAUUUUGUUGAGAAAAUACCAAUCGAACCCACUUUGGAGAUUUGGGAGGCACUAAGGAAUUAUGCUCGGAUUCAUGGAGAUCUUGAGCUCGAGGACCGAGCCGAGGAGUUGUUGGUUGCUCUUGAUCCUUCCCAGGCAAUUGCUAAAAAACUUCCAUUACCUCCAAGAAGGAAGCAUUCUGCAGUCAAUAUGAUUGGGGAGAAGAAUAAGCUGAGCGAGUAUCGAUGCAUCGAACCAUACAAGGAAGAGGUGAAUUCAAGAGGCUUGAAUGGGCAGAUGAGGGAAGCAGGGUAUGUACCCGACACGAGAUACGUCCUUCACGACAUUGACGAGGAGGCGAAAGAGCAGGCCCUGCAAUAUCACAGCGAGCGCUUGGCCAUUGCCUAUGGUUUGAUCAGCACGCCACCAAGAACGACUCUGAGGAUCAUGAAGAAUCUCCGAAUUUGUGGUGACUGUCACAAUGCGAUCAAAAUCAUGUCUAGAAUCGUGGGGAGGGAAUUGAUUGUGAGAGAUAACAAACGAUUCCAUCAUUUUAGGGAUGGCCAGUGCUCCUGUGGAGAUUUUUGGUGAAGUCGGUUUUCUUCAGUGAUGGGAGCUCUUGUUUCUUCCAAAGUUCUACCACAUAAAAAGUGCCCUAUAUGGUCCUUUCUUGUAGAGGAUCAAAUGAUUGUCUAGACAUGUGAGUUUGAUCUUGUACAUGAUGCUCAUAUUCACGGACCUAUAGUGAUGACAUUAGCACCUUUAUUAUGGGUGAGAUCCUGGAAGGCAGUAUGAAUGUUUUUCGCUUUGGCGUCCCUUUUUCAUCUGUACAAUUUUCACCACCUCCAUGAGUUUGGGGAAUGCUCUCUCUCCUUUGUGAACCAUGACAACACCUAUAAUCGAUAUGCCCGGGUUCGGAA